AUGUUUCGUGGGCUCUCUAAAGCGCUUGAUUGGUUGCAGGAGCUUCCUAGUCUGCACUAUAAGCAUGCCCCCUCAAACGAAAGAAUGCUAUGCUUAUUAAAACACUGUGGAAACCCUGAACGAAAGGUGCGUUUUGUGCAUAUUACAGGGUCAAAGGGGAAAAGUAGCACUUCGCAAUCCCUCGCAUACCUUUUAUCUAAGCAAGGAAAAAGAACUGGGCUUUUUAGCUCUCCUCACAUACAAUCAUACAAUGAACGCAUAAAAAUUGAUAACCAGCCAAUUUCUGACGACGAAUUCCUUGUUGUAAUAAACGAGGUACAUACUGCAGCACAAAACUGCAGCUCCCAAGGAAGCCGCCCCACUUUUUUUGAAAAGAUAUUUUCUGCAGCCUUGCUUUACUUUCAAAAAAAACACUGUGAAUGGGUGGUUGUUGAAGUGGGCAUUGGUGGUCUUCAUGAUAGCACGAAUGUCAUUACACCACAAUUAAGCAUCAUUACCAAUAUAGAGCUUGAGCACUGCGAUAUACUAGGAUACAGCAUAGAAGAAAUUACCUACGAAAAAGCUGGCAUCAUUAAAACUGGUGUUCCUGUUUUGCUGGGCUCUCAGACACAUAAUGUAGUAUUCAAUAUAGUACGCAAAACAGCAGAGCAUCAAACCUCCCCUCUGUAUAUCUACGAUAGCUGCACGCAGCAUAGUAUACGUAAACAGGGCAUUGAUGGCAUUACUGCUACCCUUGCUGUUACCCCCUGCGCAUACAGGGGAAAAUCAAAUUCUGCACAGACAUCAAAUACGCAAGUAAGAAGCAAAGCAUUACUUACCCACAUUGUACAAAAUCAAAUGCUUGCAACUCUUGGGCUUGCUAUUCUUCGCAAGCACGCACAUACAAUAGAAACACUGCCUGCAAAACUCUAUUUUCCCCAGAGUGCUCAGUUGCCUUGUAGAGGUGAACUCUUGCAUAACACAUUAUACCUAGAUAUUGCACAUACCCCUCAGUCGCUAAGCAAUACCCUUCGAUUCUGUUCAAUGUUUUUUUCACAGUCCAUACUGUUACUAGGAAUAUCCCAAGACAAGGAACAUGAACGUAUCGCUAAAGCAAUAGCUCUAUAUCUCCCAUGUUUUCAACGUAUCAUCGUUACCAAGGCGGGAAGCAUAAAGCCUCAGAACCCUACGUUGCUGUACAACGCCUUGAAAAAUACAGAAUCGCAUUUCAAGAAACAAAGCACACGUCGUAGCACCCUUAGAUGCAUUAACGAUCAUUACACUGCUUUUGAAAAAGCUCUUGCGUAUGCAAAGAAAAAACAUGCUGUACUUGUAAUCUGUGGGUCCUCUUAUCUCUGCUCUGACUGCAGAAAGUACUAUCUUACGGAGUAUCUAAGCCAUGUCUCUUAA